CACGCCUCUCCGCCCAGCCACUUCCAGAGCCCCAGGAAGAACCGAAUCCAGCUCUCCUCUCGGAGCAGCAGGGAUCUCGAGAUGGAGCACUGCAAGGAUGUCGGGAUCCUCGCCAUGGACAUCUACUUCCCUCCCACCUGCGUCCAGCAGGAAGCGCUGGAGGCUCAUGACGGAGUUAGCAAGGGGAAGUACACGAUUGGUCUCGGGCAAGACUGUAUGGCCUUUUGCAGCGAGGUGGAAGAUGUCAUCUCAAUGAGCUUGACAGUUGUCAAAUCCCUCCUGGAAAAGUACAACAUCGAUCCCAAGCUCAUUGGCCGCCUGGAGGUUGGUAGCGAGACGGUGAUUGACAAAAGCAAGUCCAUCAAAACGUGGCUCAUGCAGAUUUUCGAGGAAAGUGGUAAUACUGACAUUGAAGGAGUCGACUCCAGCAACGCUUGCUAUGGUGGCACAGCUGCCCUGUUGAACUGUGUGAAUUGGGUCGAAAGUAAAUGCUGGGAUGGACGUUAUGGCCUUGUUGUCUGCACAGAUAGCGCGGUUUAUGCAGACGGACCAGCUCGGCCUACUGGGGGAGCUGCGGCUAUUGCAAUGCUUGUAGGCCCAAAUGCACCUAUUUCUUUUGAAAGUAAAUAUAGAGCUUCUCACAUGGCCCAUGUUUACGAUUUCUACAAGCCUGAUCUUGCAAGCGAAUACCCGGUUGUCGAUGGAAAACUAUCUCAAACAUGCUAUCUGAUGGCUCUGGAUUCAUGCUAUAAACAGUAUUGUGCCAAGUACGAAAAGCUUGUGGGAGAACAAUUCUCAAUUUCUGACGCUGAUUAUUGCGUGUUCCAUUCUCCAUAUAAUAAGCUUGUACAGAAGAGUUUUGCUCGACUUUACUUCAAUGAUUUCAUGCGCAAUUGCAGUUCGGUUGAUAAUGCUGCUAAAGAGAAGCUUCAGCCUUUUGUAAACUUGACCAGUGAAGAAAGCUACCAAAGUCGUGACUUGGAAAAGGGCUCUCAACAACUUGCCAAGCAUUUGUAUGACAUCAAAGUUCAACCAUCAACUUUGCUUCCAAAACAACUCGGUAACAUGUAUACCGCCUCUCUUUAUGCUGCAUUGGCAUCUGUAAUCUACAACAAGCACACCAGCCUGAGCGGUCAACGAAUUCUCAUGUUCUCUUAUGGCAGUGGCCUGACAUCCACUAUGUUCUCGUUUAGACUAAAUGAGGGCAAGCAUCCCUUCAGUUUAGCAAAAAUUGCUUCAGUGCUUGAUGUGACGGCAAAGCUCGAGUCAAGGCAUGAGACCUCGCCUGGGAAGUUCAUCGAGACACUGAAGCUGAUGGAGCACCGAUACGGAGCAAAAGAUUUCGAAACAAACAAAGACACAAGCUUGCUGCCACCAGGAACGUUCUACCUUACAAAAGUUGAUUCAAUGUACAGGAGGUUCUAUGAAAAGAAAGCAGCAGAUGGCAUUGUUGACAGUAACAAGUGCAGCAACGGCAUUGCAAAUGGUCACUAGCGCCGUUCCGCAGAUACUGUUAGUUCACCUUUCUUUUAUUAACAGUGGUCCAUGCAAUUUGUUGUAUUUAUUCUAGAAUUUCCACCAUCUGUUGUAUUUAUUCUAGAAUCGCCAGAAUUUGUUCCAAAUAAACGAUGAUUAGCUGAAGUUGUUUCCCCAUCAAUCAGCUUAUUUAUAGUGAUGAGUUGAACUGAAACCUUCGUCUAGUACAA